GACUGCCAACUCAUGGGGCUCCCGGGCAAUAGGGGAUCAUAAGAACCAUACACACCUCUGUUCAGUGGCGGACUGACAACUCAUGGGCCCCCGGGCAAUAGGGGAUUAUGGGGCCCCUGUGUCUUUGCCCUCACUCAAAACACACCAAAAAAAGCCUAUAAAAAGGUACCAGGGGCAUUUCAUGGGGCCCCCUACUGACCCCGGGCCCUCCGGCAGUGCCCGAGUGCUCAAAUGGUCAGUCCGCCCUGCU